AUCUUUGUCUUUCUAUCGGACUCAUUAGAGCGACGCACAGGUCAUCUUUUAAGACUUGUUGGACUUUCUCUUUAGCUUAUUCUUUGGCCAAUAAUCAUUUGUUUUUUGCUUUUGACACAACAAAUUAUAUAUUUUAUAUAUGACAUGUAUGUUAGGUAGCUAGCAUGGUCAGCUAACAUUAAGGCGAAUCCGAGCUGUCAUUCAUACAGUCCAAGUGCGGCUAAAGUUACGGAUUUAAACGUACUGCGUUUCCAAUAAACUGGCAACAUGUCACAAGAGGAGCUUUUUUUGGACUCAGUAGCAGCAGGACAGGUAACGGAGAAAAAGAGCAGGAGUAACCUUGGUCUCGUCGUCACUGGGUUGUUAGGAGGGUCACUGGUCGCCCUGUAUGCAGUAGCGACUCCGUUUGUCGCCCCUGCCCUGAGGAAAGUCUGCCUCCCGUUCGUCCCUGCCACCACGGCUCAGGUGGAGAAUGUCCUCAGGGUGCUGCGAGCCAGAACAGGUCGCCUGGUGGACAUAGGGAGUGGAGAUGGAAGGAUAGUGAUAGCAGCAGCUAAGCAUGGCUUUAAGGCGUCAGGCUUUGAGCUGACCCCUGGCUGGUGUGGGUAUUCUCGCUACAAGGCCUUUAGAGAGGGAGUCCACCGCUCCACCUCCUUCCACAUCUCUGACUUAUGGAAGGUCAGUUUUGCUCAGUACUCCAAUGUUGUUAUAUUUGGAGUCCCUCAAAUGAUGGACCAGCUGGAGGUGAAGCUUGCAAGCGAGUUACCGAGUACAGCCAAGGUGGUGGCAUGCCGCUUUCCCUUUCCUACUUGGGUCCCUGAAUGCACCGCCGGAGAGGGCAUAGACACUGUUUGGGUGUACGAUGCCAAGACAUUUAAAACACACUUGCAAAAUGGCAUGACAAGGGAAACGACACCUGAACCCAAAGAUAAACCAGAUUCACCACAUAAAUGUAACUCUUAUCUUGUUGAAAAAUGUCAUCAUGCUCUGCAACACUGGGACAAUCUCUUUUUUUUUUUUUUUAAUCCACGCAAUUCUACUGUGGGGUCGGCCUGAAGAUGCUGGGAAGGACUGAUUAAAAGAAAGUGCUACAAAGUGUUAUGUCUCUACACCACAUGUCCGAGUACGAUAUUGGGCAAAGUAGGAAAUAGACUGGUUGACACUGCCCUUGGUGAGUGGUUACACUUACUCAAGGUCAGUUGUCUAUGCAAAGAUUUCCCAAAUUGGGAUCAAUAAAGUAUUUAUUAUCUUAUUUACAGUUAUAACAGGAUUAUUUACUCCCAUGUUCACUUUUGGGGUGAAUGAUCAACUGGGCUUUUAAUGUUUGAUACGUGCUGGAUUAAAGAUAACAUAAACUAUGAUUAAUGAGAAAGUACAAGUUAUUUGCAAUGUUUAAUUGCAUAACGUUGAUUAUUUAUAGAAAGUGUAAUUCCUUUAGAGAAAGACAAAUAUCUAAUAUUGCCAAGUGGAUUGAAAAUAAAAGCAACCCUGUCUGGUUGAA